CAACCCAAAUCUCCCUCCAACCCCAAAGCCUCUACCGGCUCCUUUCCUUGUCGUCUUCACUAGCUCACUGAUAAAAAUGCAAACUUGCUCGAAACCCAUUGAAAGCCACCAUUUUUACUAUGAACCCAAAACCCCAAAUCACUAAACCCCCAAAACGCAGACCCGAAAACCCGACCCAGCAAUGUCCCCGGAGCGGCAAUCCUGGACCAUCGAUCCCGACCUGGACGGGAUCGACCUCGACGCCGCCGACUUCGCCUCCUCCCUCCCCAUUAAAAAAGUCCCAAACGGCGACGUUUUCGAGGCCUCACGCGCCGGCGACGUCGACCGCCUCAGGUACUUGUUAGAGUCCGGAGUCAACGUCAACGCGCGUGACCAGUGGGACUCGGUGGCGCUCUACUACGCGUGCCUCGCCGGACACCUCGAGGCGGCGCGUAUGUUGCUGGAGAGCGGAGCUAUAUGCACGGAGCAUACUUUUGACGGCGAUCGGUGUCAUUACGCGGCGCUGAAUUUGAAGGUGAGGAAGCUUUUGAAGGCGUUUGAGGCGCGGCCGCCGCCGUUGGGGCCGUUGCAGGCGGCGAUGAGAGAGACGUUCUUGGGCUGUGCGGCUAAUUGGGCCUAUUUGGAGCAGGCCCAGUUUGAAACUUCAGGUCUUCCAGCCAGUGAUGGAUAUUUUCCUCCAGAUGUGGUAUUUUUUGUUCAAGGGAGAGCCAUUGAAGCUCAUAGAGUCAUCUUAAGUGCUCGGUCACCAUUUUUCAGAAGAAAGUUUGUGACUGAUUGGAAAGAACGCAGGGAAGUGAGAUUUUCAAGGGAAAAGUUGUCAUAUCCUGCUCUAUACAGUCUCAUCCAAUUCUUUUACUCCGACAGACUAGAAGUUGCUGUAGAUGAUAUGGAGGAACUUGUGAGGAUCUGCAAAGUAUGUAAAUGUGAAUCUUUACAAAGAAUUCUCGAGAAAGAAUUGAUUCACCAAAAGUAUGCCGAGUACAAAGCAUUGAGAGACAUAGACAGCUCUAUAAAACGCUUCAUCUUACAAGGUGUCUCUCUUCCUGAAGAAGAUCGGCUUCCUGCAACUUUGCAUGAGAUCCUUCAGAUUUCCCUUGCCAAUUCCACCAGGGAACUUAACCUAGAUAAUGGUGUCAAAGAAUUAACAUCUUCUGUGCGUACCAUGCAAUUCAGUGAUUUUGUAGAGGAUCUUGCAGAUGUUUGUGUAAAAGUUGAUAAAAAGAGUUUUCGAUGCCAUCAAGUGGUUUUAGCAUCAAGGUCGGAGUAUUUUAAAGCAAGAUUAUCCCGUAUGAAGGACUUUCAUGAAGGAAAAAGUGAUAUACCUGUUCAUACCCUUCCAUGUCUUGAGGAACAUGAUUUAAGCUCUGAAGCAUUCGAGAAGAUGAUCGAGUAUAUGUACACUGACGGAUUGAAGGAUAUAGACCCGGAUCAGGCGGGGGAAGUCUUUGAUGCUGCCUCUAGAUAUUUAUUAUUUCCUCUUAAGCGUGCUGUUGCUGAUGUACUACUGCCACACCUGGAAAAUGUCUCACCGGCAGAAUUGUGCAAUUGGCUGAUAUUAUCAGACAUGUAUGGCGUUCUGAAGAUAAGGGAAUUUUGUUUAGAUACAAUAGCUUGUAACUUUGAGACAUUUGCUGAUACUCGUGAGUUCCGAGCAAUGCUGUUGACACUCCCUCCACCAUCUGGGGAUUCAUCACUUCGCACCACUAAUCCAAGUGCACCGGGAGCUGAAGUCAAUACAGACCAACGCAAUGUUCUUGAUGACUUAAGAGAAAAAUGGCUUGAAGCUGAAGCUGCGGAGCUUGACAAAAGAGAUGAGAGCGCACUACUUUUUGAUAAACGACUUGAGAUGCUUGUGGUUGUUGCAGAACAAGAAAAGUGUGAUGCAGAUCUUAUUGAUGAUAUCAAUGGUUCCUAGAACGUCUGUGUCUCCCUAUGCUAUUACAGUGAACAAGGAGACAAUGUAGCUAUGCCUACUAUCCUAGUUGAGUUCCACAGAGUUGAUCAAGCUAGGAGAGUUCAAAUCCUCACUCAUGCAACUUUCAUUGGACUGAAGCACUUCCGACAUUGCCUGGAGCGUGCAUUUGUAGGCUUGAAGAGAAUGCACUAAUCAAUCACUACCUAAAAAUAGUUGAAUCUGUCUGAAUCAGGCUUCCAGCUGAAUAUCAGGAUAUGCGACAGGAGGAACAUCAUAGCUUCCAACAGGACCAGCAAAUUUCCCCAUUAUCUCCACAGUGGAAGUCUCUUUCCACAAACUGCUCAGUAAAAGUUGCCAUUUCUUUCGUCAA